AUGCGAAUCAUUCCCUCUUUCUUGGCUGGACAGCUCCUGGCCUGGCAGGCCCUAGCGAGCUACUCCUCCAAACUCACCUGGCCCUUGUCCUACACAGUGAAUGGAAGUCAUAUUUCUGUCAAUGAGAAUACUACUCUGAAAUUGUCUUCCGACGGCACCACGCCCUCGAUCCUGAUUCUGGACUAUGGCAGUAACGUCGAAGGGCUCGCUUCCUUCGAGGUUAUCCACCGUGCCGGAGACACGUCGGUUUUUGAGAUGUCCUACAGUGAAUCUAGAGCUGCCCUAGAUUCGUACAUGUCUGACGGGCCUAUCGAAUUCUCUGCAGCGAUGGACACCUAUCGCGUCAACCGAUACAACCUCAGCAGCGGCUCGGAAUUCGUUCACACCAACCGCCUGAUCCAAGGCGGUCUUCGAUACCAAAAGCUCAACCUCUCCACCGCCGGCGAGCUAGAGCUGUCAUCCAUUGGUUUCCGUCCCACCGUCGACGAUACUCCCAUCAGUGAGCUUCCUGGCGCGUUUCGAUGUUCCGAUCCAGUCGUGACUCGCAUCUGGGAAGCCGGGGCCCGUACCAUUCAGCUGAACGAGUUCCCUGCCAACUCGCUGCCGGACUUCUGGGUCAUCACCGAGGAGGGCGCCUUGGUCGAGAGUUUGAGCCCCCAACCUUUCUCGGCAGACUAUGCUAGCACAAUGACUGCCUUUGAGCUAGACUUUGCUGUCAAGCCCAUCAAGAAUGCUUUUGGCUUCACAGUUCUCAGUGAUACCCUAGGCGCAGGAAUCUACCUCUUUGUCAACAUUGCCAACAACUCAAUCUCAGCGCAUGUGGGUGCAACCCAGCUCUCAGACCCCUUGGUCGUUGCUCCAUUGCCGCCCUCCGUCUCUGUGGGUCGCUGGCAUCAGGUUCACUCUAGUGUGAACAGCACGCAGAUCAGUAUCUCUAUUGAUGGGUCCACUGUCCUCAAUUUCACGCAAAGCACGCGCUUUUUCGGCUCAUUCGGUUUGGGUGCUUCGCUCCAUCACGCCGCCAUAUUCACCAAUGUCUCGUUGACUGCAUUCGGCACCGAGAUGUACAGCUCGCGCUUGACCAGCAAGUCGGACUUGCAGGACUUCCUCCUAGGUACCAACCCCUUGCCAGUUGAGGUGGAUGGGUCUCGCAGGGAUCGGAUUGCCUAUGCCGGUGAUUUGGAUAUGACCACAGGCAGUGCGUUUGCCAGCACUCAUGGCCGCGAAUACAUCAACGGCACGAUCUCCUUAUUAGGCUCCUUUCAACUUCCUCCCGGCUUCUUCGUUCCCAACGCCAAAGUUCAACAGCCCCCACGCUCUACGGACAUUCCUGCCAACAUCACAGGUCUCAUUGGAUACUCCUUCAGCAUUGUGAGCGCCAUGGCACAGUACUACGAGCAGACCGGGGAUACGGAAUUCCUCUCAGUCUGGGCGCCCAAGGCAGCGCGGAUGCUCGACUGGGCACAUUCUCAAGUGCUCCCCAAUGGGAUCCUGAAUAUAUCCAACCAAGCAUUUGCCGGAGACUGGAACCAUUACGACCCGCAAGUAGGUGGCGGCGUCGCCAAGUUCAACCUGAUCUAUGCCUCUACCCUCAAGAAAUGGAUCCCUUUGAUGGACGACGCUGGUCUCAACGCCACUCUUUACAAGCACCGCCUGGACGCCCUCCGCCCCGCCAUCAAUCGCCACUUCUGGAGCAGUUCCUUACACGCCUACUCCCACUCGGACACGCACCGCGAUUUCUUCUCCCAGGAAGCAAACGCCCUCGCUAUCCUCAGCGACACAGUCCCCGUCAACGGCACCGGCAACUUCACCGCCCACGCCCUCUUAUCGACCAUGGCCCGCGAGCUCGACGUCCCCGCGGGCCCGCUAUCCUUCUCCCGCGCCAGCGCAGCCAGCGGCUGGGCGCAAAAGAUCAGCCCCUACGCCUCAGGCUACCAUCUCCAAGCAGCGUUCCACGCCCGGGACGGUCCCGCGGCCAAACACCUCCUCCAUACGCUCUGGGGCCCCAUGAGCGACCCCACCCACGCCAACUACACCGGCUGCUUCUGGGAAGUCCUAAACGAAGACGGCACCCCCGGCCUGGACGUCGGUACCUCCCUCUGUCAUGCCUGGAGCGCUGGUCCCACGGCAGCUCUGAGCAGAUAUGUGCUCGGGGUCGCGCCGGCUAAGCCAGGCUUCACGGAGUGGACGAUCACACCACAGACGCUGGAUCUGAGGUGGGCGGAGGGUCGCUAUCCCGUCCCGCAGGGCGCGUUCGAGGUGAAGUGGAGCUAUGAUAGUCGGGAGUUCCUGUAUAUGACUGUGACUCCGCCGCCUGGGACGAAGGGCACCGUGUACCUCCCAACGCCGCGCAGGGAGAAGAAGGUCAGGAGGUAUGAAAUGACCGGAGGUGUCGCUAACGGGGACGGGGGGUUCUCCGUGAGCGAUGAGAUAUUUGUGUUUCGACAGACGGCGUAG